UUAUCAGUGCUUUGUCAUUCUACAAACACUUCAGGGAUAGCCACACAUGCACAAACAGAGAAAUGGAGUAAACCAGACAAGAUGGUGAAAAUACAGGGCACGCAUCCAUACGAAGGACGUCUGUUCAAAACGGGUGUGCAGUCUGAGCUGAUCAUUCCUACAGAGCUGACUGUGAGUUUCAGAGCAGAUAAAGGCCCCGAGUCUGUGAUGAGAGCUCCGCUUGUCAUUUACACGGACACUGCUGACCAGCAAACUGCAGACACACUGAAGAAUGAGGGGGUGGAUAAAGCUGCGCACCCCAUCAAGCGCGUCCGCACAAGGCCUCUCAGCUCAUCUAAUAUCAUGCAGGACUCAGAGAACUGGAAGCCGUACGCCGGUAUGUGCGGGACUAAACGUUGCAGGACAAGACCUCUCAUGGACCGAACUCAGCGCAAAGAAGUACACAACAGAAAGGAGCGCGAUCGCAGGAGAAGGAUCCGUCUGUGCUGUGACGAGUUAAACCUGCUGGUGCCGUUCUGUUACGCUGACACCGAUAAAGCCACCACACUGCAGUGGACCACGGCCUUCCUCAAAUACAUCCAGGAAAUACAUGGAGACCGACUCAAGCAGGAUUUCCAGAGCACUUUCUGUGGCAAGACUGGACUGCGGUUGAAGCCUAGCUGUGUUUCAGUGGCACAUCUCCUCGAACCCUAUAGAAACACGACAGAGCCUGUGGACUCAUCCUCGCACAGCUGACUUCCUGUUCUCUGCUGCAGCGUUGUGAAUGUGUGCCUGUAGUUUGACAUGAAUGUUUUCUGCGUGGGUUUAUUGCAUGAUGCUAGUUCCUCUCUUCCACUAGCCCGUGUCCAGAAGACCCUGAGCGUUUGUUGUCUUAGACCAGCUCGAGUGUAGACCGAGGCUCAACCCACUGUUCAUUUUAUUUCAAACCGUCACGUCUGCAGAGCAAACCCUACUGUAAUAUAGUU